ACACUUUAAAGGGUCUUAAUGCUCAAAGAGCAAUUGUAGGGGUAGAACCUCAUUGGAGUAUGAAAGGAAGAACAUCAAAUAUUUUAAUUUUGACUAAUAAUUUUUUGGGGUUUGAGAUACCAAGUGCUAACUCACCACUCCAUCAUGAAAUUGGACCUAUUCUACCAGACACUUUUCCAGGUCUAACACCAGUUCUUGACUCAUUUCUUACAACUCAUUCUCGAACAAUAUAUUUUGCAUUUGGGACUAAUGCAAUUAUACCUCCUCAAAAAGUUAUCAUCAUUUUAAAAUCUUUUCUUGAAUUAAUAGAUCAAAACGUUAUUGAUGGAGUGAUUUGGUCUUAUGGAAAUACAGAUAUAACAAAUUUUCCUCAUUUAAUUAAUUCAAGCAUCCCAUUAUCUACUAUAUUAAACAACGAACAUCCUCAUAUUCAUAUCUCUAAACACUUACCUCAAUUUGCAAUAUUAUCACAUGAAAAUACUAAAGUAUUUUUAAGUCAUGGUGACAUGAAUAGUUGCCACGAAUCUAUGUAUACAGCAACUCGGAUGCUCGUCCUUCCUAUAUUUGAUGAUCAACAUAGAAACACAGAAAAGUUAGAACUUGCUGGUAUAGCUUUAAGACUUUCAAAGAUUAAUUUACAAGUUGAUGAUAUAGUAUCAAAGAUUAAGAGAUUAUUAAAUGAAGAAAUCUUCAAGAAGAAUGCAGAAAGAUUGCAAUUUUUGGCCAAAGUUAACAGUAAAAGAAAAUAUAGAGGUGCCGAUUUAAUUGAAAUAAUGAUGAAUACGGUAAAGUACAAAGGAGUUAAAGAUGAAAAUGGAGGGUUUAAGAUUGAUAAUGAAAACUUAUUAAGUGAUUGGAUUACUCCUGAUACGAGAAUGUGUUUUAUUAGGGGAAAUUAUUUAGAUGUUUAUGGAGUUGCAUUUGUUAUAUUUUUAGUGUUAAGUGGUGGUUUUGCCUAUGCUUUAUUAACAAUUGUUAGAUUCUUUUAUCUUAGAUUUAGAAGCGGAAAUGGAAAUUCUCAAACAUCCUUAAAACCCAAAAGAGAGUAA